AUGUCUGGCGCCGCCGAACGGGAGGCGGUAUUUCCUACCCGGCAGUCGCUCGGUAUCAUGAAGGCCAAGCUCAAGGGUGCAGAAACAGGACACAGCUUGCUGAAGCGGAAGAGCGAGGCUCUGACAAAGCGAUUUCGAGACAUCACCCGCCGCAUCGACGAAGCCAAGCGAAAGAUGGGCCGUGUCAUGCAGAUCGCUGCCUUCUCCCUCGCCGAGGUGACCUAUGCUGUCGGCGGCGACAUCGGCUACCAGGUGCAGGAGUCGGCGCGGUCGGCGCGCUUCCGCAUCCGUGCCAAGCAGGAAAACGUGUCGGGUGUGUUGCUUCCGGCCUUUGAAAGCUACCUGACCGAGGGCAACAACGAUUUUGCCAUGACUGGCCUGGGCAAGGGCGGUCAGCAGGUCCAGCGCUGCCGCGAGACGUAUGCGCGCGCUGUCGAGGCGCUGGUCGAGCUGGCUAGCCUGCAGACUGCUUUUGUCAUCCUGGACGAGGUCAUCAAGGUGGUCAACCGAAGAGUUAAUGCCAUCGAACACGUCAUCAUUCCGCGGACGGAGAACACCAUCAAGUACAUCAACUCGGAGCUCGACGAACUUGACCGCGAAGAAUUCUACCGGCUCAAGAAGGUGGCCGGCAAGAAGCAGCGCGACACGGCCGAAGAAGAAGAGGAGCUCAAGGCGCGCAAGCUGGAGCAGGCCAAGAAGAACAAGGACAAGGACAGUGCCAAGGAAGAGAAGGAGUCUGCGAACCAGAGUGUGCCGGCCGAUCUGCUGACAGCAGAGGGCGAAGAGGACGUCAUCUUCUGA